AUGAGCCACCACUACAAACUCGCUCAGGGAAUCAAGGGUAUCGUUGACACCAGUCCACCGUUCUCCAUGUACAACAGUCCGAUAAGUGUUCACUAUGUUCCCAAACGCGCUUCGUCAGCAGAUGCAAUUAAGCGGCGACAGCCAAAGCUACCACGACCUCAUCGUGAGCUGGUUGAGUUCAUCGGCGAAGCAAAUUCACCGUCACUGCGACUGCCUUUGCCCUUGAAAGGAAUCGACGUGAAACCGAAAAUCCUUCAAUCCAGAAACUACCAACCACCGCUGCAUAGGAAUCGACAGGUUUGGAGCAGAGCUUCCAGAUCAUUCAUUUGGAAUUUCUUUCUUUGUUUGGUCAUUUGGUUACCAAACUAUUUUUCCCACGAUCGUAUGAGCGGUUACAAACUAGCUGGCAUCUUAGAUUACUCGGUGGCAUUUCAAUUAUCGUUACCGAAUUCUCUACAUCCGCUUUUCUUAAAGAGCGUUUUAUAUCUGCACUUACUUCAUUUGAGAUGA